AUGUCGAGUUUCUUGCACGCACCAAUGGCUUACUCAAUCCCGCCUUCAGUUUCUUCCCAAUCCGUUCGUAGGCCAAAGACCACGAAGCUCAGUUGUUGCCGCGCUUUCGUCGCCCAAAACGCUGCCAAAUUGCCCAUUCCUCCGAUAAACCCUAAGGAUCCGUUUCUUUCGAAGCUCGCUUCUGUUGUCGCUUCUUCCCCCGAGACGAUUCUUAACCGUCCGGUUAAUCCCGAUACGCCGCCGUAUUUGGAUUUGUUUGACUCUCCUAAGCUCAUGGCUACUCCUGCUCAAGUGGAAAGAUCAGUGUCGUACAAUGAACAUAGGCCGAAAAGCCCUCCACCGGACUUACCUUCGUUGCUUCUUCACGGGAGAAUUGUUUACAUUGGCAUGCCGCUUGUGCCUGCGGUGACCGAGCUUGUAGUUGCGGAGGUAAUGUAUCUUCAAUGGAUGGAUCCCAAGCAGCCAAUAUAUCUUUACAUAAACUCUACUGGAACAACUCGUGAUGAUGGUGAAACGGUUGGGAUGGAGACUGAGGGUUUUGCCAUCUAUGAUGCACUUAUGCAGUUACAAAAUGAGGUACAUACAGUUGCUGUGGGGGCAGCUGUAGGUCAGGCUUGUCUCUUACUUUCUGCUGGAACUAAAGGACAUCGGUUCAUGAUGCCUCAUGCCAAAGCUAUGAUCCAACAGCCUCGUGUCCCAUCCUCUGGCUUGAUGCCUGCAAGUGAUGUUCUUAUACGUGCCAAAGAGGCAAUAACAAACAGGGACGCACUUGUUGAACUUCUUGCUAAGCACACUGGAAAUUCUGUGGAGACAGUAGCCAAUGUGAUGAGAAGACCAUUUUAUAUGGAUGCUAACAGAGCUAAAGAGUUUGGGGUCAUUGACAAGAUCCUUUGGCGUGGUCAGGAAAAGGUGAUGGCAGAAGUUGCUGCUCCAGAAGUGUGGGACAAGAAUGCUGGCAUCAAAGUCAUGGAUGGCUUCUAGUAUCUGCCUGGUCAACCCUUGUCAUUCUGGAGUAGGUUGCAAUAGAGCAUACUCGAUGGAGAUGUGGAAAGCAGUGAUGCACAGACAAAUUUAAAAGGAAGAUACCUAAAGAUGGUCCUGAAGUUUUGUUGUCAAUUGUUUCUCUAUCUCACAGAUUGUGCGAUUGUUUUAGCAGAGUCAUUUGAUGCCAUUGUUGAGCAUUGUAAAAACCAGUUUUCUUCAAUACUGAUUGCA